AUUGUACCUUCAUUCUCAGGAUGUUGGGAGCCAUGGGAGGUUGUGAAUAGAAGAGGCCCAUGGUCUGAGUUAGACUUGUCAAAGUUUUCCAAAACCCGAUCACAAUUAGAACAGCCUGGAAAGGGGGUGAUAACAGAGGCACAGGAAAGUUGAGACCUUGUGCAACAUCCCACAGCAGGUAAGAGUCAGCGCUGAGGAGUGAGACCGAGGGCUAAUUGGGGACCUGGAGGAACUGCGCUACCCACAGUGCCCCGCGCCAGAGUGGGAAAGUGCGGAGCCAACGAACGCUCAGAAAAGGAUAGGAUCGUUCCUGAGUUUGGACCCACAGGGUGAGGGCGGGACUUUAGCUCCUCUUAAGUCAUUUCAGGAUCACUUAACUCCAGGGCUGGGCAGGCGAACAGUGGGGCCAGAGCCCAUGGAGCCCCAGCCAUGGUCACCUGCCUCUCACAACCUUCCUUUCCCACAGAUUUCCAUGACUACAGAAGCACUUAUGGACUAUACGAAGGGCUGUGUGACCUUUGAAGACGUGGCCAUUUACUUCUCCCAGGAGGAGUGGGAGCUCCUUGAUGAGACUCAGAGGCUCAUGUACCUGGAUGUGAUGUUGGAGAACUUUGCACUUAUAAUCUCUCUGGUUUGUUGGUAUGGAAUGGAGAAUGAAGAGACACCUUCUGCAGAGAGUGUUUCUGUAGAAAAAGUGUCACAGGUCAAGACUCUGAAGGCAGGUCCAUCCACCCAGGAAACUCACCCCUGUGAGUUGUGUAUCCCAAUCCUGAAAGACAUUUUGCAUCUGGGUGAUCUACGUGGGCAGAAACCAUACUUCGUGGGGGCGUGUGCAAUCCUUCACCAGGACCAGAAGCACCACAGUGCAGAAAAUCCAUUAAAAAGAGACUUGGAUAGGGCCUCCUUUUUGAAGAGCUGCAUAUUCCAUGUGUCAGGGAAUCCCUUCCUCUGUAAGAAGAUUAGAAAGGACUUCCCAGCCCACUGGGGCCUUCUUGAGCCCCAGGGUAUCCCCAAAGGUGAGAAGCUAAAUAAAAUCAGCAAGUGUGGGGAGGCCUUUCACUGUGGAAAAUGUCAUUACAAGUCAGGUAAAUGCAGAAAAGAUUCCAACCAUAAACAUGUUCAGCACCUAAAAGUCUGCACUAGAAAAAGAGUUUUUGAGUCUAGCAAAUGUGGAAAAGCCUUCCAAGACAAAUACUCACUUGUUCCCUUCCAAAGAGUCUGCACUGGAGAAAGGCCUUAUGAGUGCAAUGAAUGUGGAAAAUCUUUUAGCCAAAAAGCCACCCUUAUUAUACACCAGAGAGUUCAUACUGGAGAAAGGCCAUAUAAGUGUAACGAAUGUGGGAAAUCUUUUAGUCAAAGCUCCAACCUUAUUGAACACUGCAGAAUUCACAGUGGAGAAAGGCCUUAUGAGUGUAGAGAAUGUGGAAAAGCCUUUGGGUGCAAAUCUAAUCUUGUUCGGCACCAGAGAACUCACACAGGAGAAAGACCUUAUGAGUGUGGUGAAUGUGGGAAACUCUUUAGACAAAGCUUCAGCCUUGUUGAACACCAGAGAAUUCACACUACAGCAAGGCCUUAUGAGUGUGGCCAAUGUGAGAAAUCCUUUAGUCAAAAAGCCACCCUCAUUAUACAUCAGAGAGUUCACACUGGAGAAAGGCCAUAUAAGUGUGGAGAAUGUGGGAAAUCUUUUAGUCAAAGCUCCAACCUCAUUGAACACUGCAGAAUUCACACUGGAGAAAGACCUUAUGCGUGUAGUGAAUGUGGGAAAUCCUUUAGUCAAAGAGCUACCCUUAUUAGACACCACAGAAUUCACACUGGAGAAAGGCCUUAUGAAUGUGGGGAAUGUGGGAAAUUCUUUAGACAAAACUUUAGCCUCAUUGAACACCGUAGAAUUCACACUACAGCAAAAAAUUAUGAGUGUGGCCAAUGUGGGAAAUCUUUUAGCCAAAGAGCCACCUUUAUUAGACACCAGCGAGUUCACACUGGAGAAAGGCCUUAUGAGUGUGGGCAAUGUGGGAAAGCUUUUGGGUACAAAUCUAAACUUGAUCGACACCAGAGAACUCACACUGGAGAAAGACCUUAUGAGUGUGGUGAAUGUGGAAAAUUCUUUAGGCAAAGCUACAGCCUAGUUGAACACCAGAGAAUUCACACUAGAGCAAGGCCUUAUGAAUGUAGCCAGUGUGGGAAAUCCUUUAGCCGAAGAGCAGCUUUCAUCAAACACCAGAGAGUUCAUACUGGAGAAAGACCAUAUAAGUGUGGUGAAUGUGGGAAGUCCUUUAGUCGAAGCACCAGCCUUAUUCAACACUGCAGGAUUCACACUGGAGAAAGGCCAUAUGAGUGUGGUCAAUGUGGGAAAUUGUUUAGGCAAAAGUCUGUCCUCAUUCAACACCAGGUAGUUCACACUGGAGAAAGGCCCUAUGAAUGCAGCAAAUGUGGGAAAUCAUUUAGCCAACGCUCCAGCUUCUUUCAACACCAAAAAUGUCACAAUACAUAGAGACCACAUGAAGACAGCAAAUGUAGAAAAUCCUUCAGGCCAAGGGUCAACAUUGUUUAGUAUCAGGAGACCUAUAUUUGAGAAAGGCCUUAGAACUACAGGGAAUGUGCUGUCUCUUUGUUCAGAGACACUAGGAAUCCUUUGUGAAGGAGCCAUCUGCCUGAAGUUGAACCUGAUACUUGCAAGCAUCCAGAAGAGUGAAAUUCCCCAUGAGUUCCAGGUGUGUGUUAGCCAUCCAUGAGCUUCUGCUUUGCACAUUCUAGACUGCCUGGGUCCCUGGCCAGAGCUUAAUCACUGCUGGUUUCUCUGGUAGAAGCCGUCUCCUCUCUUGCACGUUGCAUAGUGGGCUUCAGUAAACCUAACAUGCCGAGACAAGGCAGGUGUCUGUACUCUCCCCAUUUUCUGGAGCAAAUUUUGAGUAGCCUGAGCCCUUAGAGUGACUUUAUUCCUUUUUCUGAGUAUGCCAUGGAUCUGGCUGUUUUGGCCAAGAGCACUCUGUCUGGGUUCAUCCAGAGGCUUGCAGGGAAGGCUGGUCUUCUUGGAAAUUCUUGGUCUCGCAUGACCCUUCUGGCAAUGGUUUCAGGCUCUAAAUCACUAACCAUUAACUUCCUGUCUAGCACUGUUCUGGGAUUUGUGUAGAAAUAAAGCCCUUAUUGUUCUGUGUACUUUUAAUCAGGGGGUUCUGUUCACUAUUUUGGGUGGGAGGAAUACAGAAUUGGGCUCUGUUGGUAUGAAAAGUUGAAUAGGUUUUAUGGGGCCUUUACCUCAUAUGUCUCAGUAUGGACACUAUUUUAGCCAAGAGUAGUUCUCAUUUCCAUUUUCUUUAAAUUGCACUGCUACCCAAGACAUCCAGUGAAACAAUACAGAGCUUUGUGGUCCUAGUUUUCAGGCUCAAUGUCUCCAUAUUUUUUUUCUUUUUAGACCAGAAGUCACCCUGAAGAGGGGUCAGUUGUUAUGACUAUGUCCUGUGCUUCUUGGAAUAGCCUGAAUUUGUUCCGUUAUGCCCACAUGAUGUCACAUAAUGCCCAACACUGUUUAGGGGAAGCUUUCCAUCAGGUUCUAUGACGAGCCAUGUGCCUUGAUGUACAUAAUUCCAUAGGUUGGUGUCACUAGUAAAGAGUAUGGGAUCCAGGUGUGAACUGUAAUUGGUAUAAAAAUACUGAAUGUGAUUAAUAGGGAGCCAGCAGCAAACCAGAAGGAAUAUGCUUUUUGUAAAAGGAAUCUGAAAUUCCCAUGACUAUGGCUUUGAGUAAUCACAGUACCUCCAAAUCUGUGUACCUCCCAUAGUUAAGGCCAUUAUCAGAGAAAAUAUUCUUAACAUGUUGUAGAUUCGCAUUGUAUUUUUGGGAUGUUCACUGGAAGUCCAAAUUCUAUAUAGGCAAAAAGACAAGGAGAUAGAAUGGAGCUCCUGUAGUGCAAUGGUGUGGACUUUAUCUGCUGCACUGGUGGAGUUCUGCCCUUUCCCAGGCAUGAGGAAGGAGAUAGUGGAACCAACAUGGGGUUUCUAAAAAGUGGGAGAACCAGAGUUUUUGUUUUCAAUCAUUUUUUAAAAAUUGAGGUGUAAUCAACAUGCAAUAAUCUAUACAUAUUUAAGGUGUACAAUUUGAAAAGUUUUAUCAUACACUAUAAACCCAUGAAACCAUCAUAAUCUCAACAAUGAACAUAUCCAUGAUUUGUCUUGUGCCAUUUUAAUGGAUUAGUUUGCAUUUUUAGAACUUUAUAUGAAUGGAAUAAUAAAGUAUUUACUUUUUUCUCAUAUUUUUCA